AUGGAUUUUGUACCGGUAUAAUUUAAACCUAUUUUUCAUGUUAGAGUUAUUUUUCAUGGCCUAACAGGCGAUUGCUUCGCCAUAUACAAAGUAACUACCUACCGUCAUGAAGCAUGAUACGGGCUACCUGCCCGACAGUGUUUACAGGGAGCUAGCGUGGUACGGCAUACUGCAGAUCCAGCCGUUAUUCCGCAGCUCCAAGUACAAAAUUGCAUCCCAACUCAUCUGGCAGCAUACACUCGGACGACCUCAUGUUAUUCUGGAAAACUCCAACCAGGCAACACCACAAUCCAGCAAAGAAAGUCGCCAAGUUCUGGCAGAGCUAGCAGCCAAGUGGUCCCGAGGGCAGCGAGCAGCGCAGGAGGUGUUGAUGGAGAACAUUAAAAACGGUGGCAACGGCGUCACCGUCCGCACAGUCAUAGGAGCAGGCGCUAAAACCGUCUAUAUGAUACAAAACGGUAAUUACUUUAAGUGUCCUGAAGGAUCGGAGCCUGAUGUCGAUGCUUACAGACAGCAAGUCAACAUGCAUGACCGCAAAUGCACUUUCAAUAAGAUACCGGAGCAGCUGUCGGUUGACCCGUGCAUUGAAGGUGAAGUGGCACCCAUUGAAUAUUCAUACAAAGAAGGCUGGACGUUCUGUAUGGGUAGCGGUGAUCGUGAUACGAGCUACUUUCAAAAUGGCACGUUAGAUUGCGGUAAUAAAACAAAAGUAACGCUAGAUGAGUUCCUGAGUAUGUGUGCCAUUGAUAACAACAUUGUGAUCACAUAUGAAUAUUUUGGUGAUGAACCUCGCAAAGACUUGCUUCAUAAUGCAACAAUAUGUUCCACUUGGGAUCCUUGUCACCUGUCUUAUUUGUAUAGAUUAGAGCCUCCUGCAGCGGAAAUGAUUCCCGUGUCCCCGUCGACAACAAUUAAUCCGUGUGAAACCACUCCAUGCCCGGAGUGUAUGGAGAACGGAACAGAAGAUCCAGGGGUGGAAAUUGAUGUUCUAUCGGACGAUGACAAUAAAUAAAUGGAAAAUAAAUAUUUAUAUAGAAGGCAGUGUAUUUUUUAUUUCUAACUUACAAUAUGUAACUAACGCAAAUACAUAGUUACCUCGAUGU